AUGGACCUAAACGUCAAGCAGAGUGGAAUACAUUCAUGCGUUCUGCACACUUCCUACUUUAAAAAUCGAUCUGGAAAAGUGUACAAAAGAGCCGCCGAACGUUAUCUCCGAACCGAUUUGCCAUGUGGAUUAGCUCAAUGUGAAGAUUGUAAAGAUUUCGGAACAAAUUCGUUGCUGAAAACCGAGAACCCAGUAAAAAAUUCGAAAGUUGGAAGACAUGUUCUGAUCGUGGACUCAACAUCGUUGAUUCGGUUCCAUGAUUUGUUUGAUUCUGAGCUUUUGAGGUUGGAAAAUUUAAAAACUGAGUAUUUAUCUAUGUAUUCCAGAAACAUCAUUGUGACUCAAACGGUUUGGGAAGGUGUAAAAGCCAAAGCAGUUCCAGCCUACAAAAAGAUGAAUUCAUUGUGCUACGAAGACGCCAAGGAUCGUUUCCACGUCUUCAUGAACGAAUUCCAUUGUGAAACAUUUUCGGAUAUCACAAAAUAUGAAGACGUUAGUCGAGGAGAAGAACUAUUGCUGUGUACUGCGAACUAUCUCACCAGCCACUGGGAGAAACAGAAUGUGACUCCAGUGUUGAUGGUUUUUGAUGAAGAAUCGAAGAAACGUCUCGAGAAACACUACCAACACGUGUUGUAUCUCAAGGAAUACAUUCAGAACUUGGAGGAUUCUGGAAAACAGGCACUUUUGGAUCAGAUGGCAGCUUAUGAAAGCUCGGCAAAUAAUAAUGAGAGACAAAUUUUUGAGGAGCAUCUAUCUCAUGAUAAGAUUAUGGACGGAAUUGCGAAUGGAACGAUUAAACGGGGAACAUUCUCGGUUUCCAGAGAGAAUUAUCGAGAAGCUUCUGUCAUUAUCGAUGAUCAGUUGAAUUCGUGGUUUAUCACUGGAAAUCACUGUAAUCGUUCUGUCAAUGGAGACGUUGUUGCCGUGCAACUCCUUCCUGAAGAUCAAUGGACGUGCCCAGAAAAAAAAAUCCGUCUUCGUGACGUUGAAGAGUACGUGAAUAAUGCUGACGAUAUGGGAAAAGUUGAAGAAGACGACGAGGACGAGCCAAAAGCGAAAAAGGCCAAAAAAAACUCCGUACCAACGGCAAAAGUUGUGGGAAUUAUUAAAAGAAAUUGGCGCCAAUACUGUGGAAUGUUGUUGCCUAGUUCUGUGAAAGGAGCCCGUCGACACCUAUUCUGUCCAGCGGAACGGCUCAUUCCAAGAAUUAGAAUUGAAACCGAACAAGCUGAAAUUCUUUCUCAACAGAGGAUUGUGGUAGCUAUUGAUCAUUGGCCGAGGGACUCUAAAUAUCCAUUGGGUCACUAUGUUCGAUCAAUUGGAGAGAUGGGAUCUCGUGAAACCGAAAAUGAGGUGCUCCUUUUAGAACACGAUAUCCCACACGCCCCAUUCUCAGACCAAGUCAUUGAUUGCUUACCCAAAGAGGAAUGGGAACCAGAUCUCAAUGACAAUCGUGGAACACUGCCACGUGUUGAUCUUCGACAUCUCACUAUCUGUUCAGUGGAUCCCCAGGGCUGCACGGAUAUCGAUGACGCCCUACAUUGCAAGCAGAUUGGAGACGAUUUGUUUGAAGUGGGAGUUCAUAUUGCUGAUGUCACUCAUUUCGUUCGUCCGAAUACAGCGAUUGAUGAUGAAGCAGCGUUACGCGGAACCACUGUAUACCUUUGUGAUCGUCGUAUUGAUAUGCUUCCGUGUCUACUCAGUAGUAACCUGUGCUCACUUCGUGGUGGAGAGGAACGCUACGCAUUCUCAGUAAUCUGGACAAUGACCUCAAAUGCUGAUAUCCAAUCUGUCAAGUAUCACAAGUCACUGAUCAAGUCCAAGGCUGCACUGACUUAUGAGAGAGCUCAGGAAAUCAUUGAUGAUCCAAAGGAACAGGGUGACGUGGCGCAGGGACUUCGUGAAUUGAUGAAACUGUCGAAAGUACUGAAUUCAAAGAGAACGUCCAAUGGAGCACUGACACUUGCUUCAAGUGAAGUAAGGUUUGAUAUGGACUGGGAAUCUCGGACUCCAAAGAAAGUAAUGGAAAAACAACAUUUGGAUACUCACUCGAUGGUGGAAGAGUUUAUGUUACUGGCAAAUAUCCAGGUCGCCAAGAAGAUUCUGGAAGAGUAUCCAGAUUGUGCAUUGCUUAGACGGCAUCCAGUUCCAUUGAAAGAGAGUUACAAGCCGCUGAUUGAGGCCGCCCGUCACCGAGGCUUUGAAAUCAUUGUGGAAAGCGGCAAAGGACUCGCCGACUCUCUUAACCGAUGUGUCGACAAAAAGAACCCGAUGCUCAAUCGUCUCCUCCGUAUGCUGACCACCCGAUGCAUGACACAAGCGGUCUAUUUCUCAGCUGGUAAGACAAUAAAUAUUCAAAUUUUACCGUGGGUUUCUGUUCCGACGGCUUCUGGGAAGAACGACAUCGUUAAGCUGAAAAAUCAGAAAAUUAUAGGAACGGUCCCGGUUCCCCAAUACCAACAUUUCGGGCUCGCAUGCUCCAUCUACACCCACUUCACGUCUCCAAUUCGUCGUUACGCCGACGUCAUCGUCCAUCGUCUUCUUGCGGCUGCCAUCAAUGCCGACGACAUCCAAUCAGGUCUUCUGAGUCAAGCAAGAUGCACCAAAGUCUGUGGAAAUAUUAAUUAUAGACACAAGCAAGCCCAGUAUGCUGGAAGAGCAUCGGUACAGCUCAACGUAGUUCGAUACUUCAAGGGAAAGGUGGAGACUUGCGAGGGAUUUGUGAUGGGUGUGAGAAAUAAUGGAAUUCAGGUCUUCGUUCCAAAAUAUGGUCUCGAAUCGAUCAUUGUGCUACAACCGGGUUCUGGAACCACUAUUGAUGUUGAGGAAAUGGCUGUAAAAGUCAACGGAGAGGCGGUGAUCCGAGAAUUGGAGCCUGUCACUGUCAAGAUCAGUGUAAACGAGAAGAAUCAGCAAAGACCACGUGUGAACUCCAGUUGA